CAGUUGCCCGCCCAUCUCUAGAAGAAUUAAAUAGUUCAAAAAGGCGAAGCAAAAAACGAAAACUUGAACAAUUCGAUAAGAUGUUUGUGGCGCGUAGAAUAACCCAAUCAGCGAGUUUGGCAGUACGUGGCAAGCACACUUUGCCAAAGCUUCCUUACGAUUAUGCCGCUUUGGAGCCGAUUAUCUGCCGGGAGAUCAUGGAGUUGCACCACCAAAAGCACCACCAGACCUAUGUCAACAACCUGAACGCUGCCGAGGAGCAGUUGGAGGAGGCCAAGUCGAAGAGCGACACCACCAAGCUGAUUCAGCUGGCCCCAGCCCUUCGAUUCAAUGGCGGCGGCCACAUCAAUCACACCAUCUUCUGGCAGAAUCUCUCCCCGAACAAGAGCCAGCCCAGCGAGGAACUGAAGAAGGCCAUCGAAUCGCAGUGGAAGAGCUUCGAGGAGUUCAAGAAGGAGCUCAGUACGUUGACCGUUGCGGUCCAGGGGUCUGGCUGGGGUUGGCUGGGCUACAACAAGAAGUCGGGAAAGCUGCAGCUGGCCGCCUUGCCCAACCAGGAUCCUUUGGAGGCCUCAACCGGAUUGAUCCCACUUUUCGGCAUCGACGUCUGGGAGCACGCCUACUAUCUGCAGUACAAGAACGUGCGACCCUCCUACGUGGAGGCAAUCUGGGACAUUGCCAACUGGGACGACAUCUCCUGCCGUUUCCAGGAGGCCAAGAAGCUCAGCUGCUAAAUACCAGAAGUCAUCAUAUAUAUGUGUAAUCUAUAAGCACCGGCGGAUCUGAGAUCCAAAUUGUAGUCUUAGUUGCAGAUAAUAAAUUGGUACCAGUCUUGCAACUAA